AUGUCAUUUAAGGCGUUUUCAUAAUUCGAAGAAUAAUAAAUUAGUCAGACCCUCAACUUUUUAUCCGACUACAUUUGUUGCCUAACAUCUGCAAUAAAAAGCCUUAAGAAAAAUGAAAUGAGAAAGAAAUCAAUCUUCAAAAGAAUGUCCAGUAUUUUGAUAAAAUAUUCCAAAAAUAUCAAAACUCAAAGUAAUUUAGGUGCAUCAUAAUUAAAAUAUUCGGCAAAUCUCCUUUAAAGCAUGAAGAGAAUCUCCAACCACUAUUAGAAGGUAAUUCGAGUUAUAACUCGGAUAAAUGAGAGAGUCUCAAGAACUUGUAUUCAACAUGUAGAAUUUAGAGAAAUAUAUUUAAUUUGA